CCAUGCAGAGCCUGAGAAACUAUUUUAGACCGUGGUCAUCUAAUGUAAGGCUGGAUGGUAAAACUGUUGUGAUUACUGGAGCCAAUACUGGAAUUGGAAAAGACACUGCUAUUGAUCUGGCAAAGAGAGGUAUGCGUGUUAUCAUGGCCUGCAGAGAUAUGGAAAAAGCUAAUGCAGCUCUAAAAGAUGUAACUGAUGCAUCUGGAAGUCAGAAUGUUGUCUGCAGAAAACUUGACCUUUCUGACUCUAAGUCCAUUAGAGAAUUUGCUCAGACUAUCAACAGUGAGGAGAAACAACUCAACAUCCUGAUAAACAAUGCGGGUGUGAUGGUUUGUCCGUAUGGCAAAACAGCAGAUGGUUUUGAGAUGCAAAUCGGGGUCAACCACAUGGGUCACUUCCUCUUGACUCAUUUAUUAUUGGACGUUAUCAAGAAAUCAGCUCCAGCCCGGAUCAUCAAUGUGUCGUCCAUGGCACAUAAAUGGGGAGCGAUAAAUCUGGAGGACAUUAACAGUGAGAAGAGCUAUGAUAGAACUAAAGCUUACAGCCAGAGCAAACUGGCUAAUGUGCUUUUCACUCGUAGCUUGGCUAAAAGACUGGAGGGUACUGGCGUAACAACGUAUGCCCUUCACCCAGGUGUGGUUCAAACAGAUUUGUGGCGACACCUGAAUUGGCCCCAGCAGGCAGCCAUGUGGUUGGCCAGGCCCUUUACCAAGACAUCAGUUCAGGGAGCACAAACCACUAUCUACUGUGCAGUAGCUCCUGAGCUAGAGACAGAAAGUGGCAAGUAUUACAGUGACUGUGCACCGGCAAGCUGCUCUAGCGCCGCUAUGGAUGAUGAUACAGCACAGCGACUCUGGGAUCUCAGCUGUCAGAUGCUCAAUAUAACAUGGGACUAAAACCUCUCUGCAGCCCUGACGUCAACUGCACUUCAGCUCUUCCUGAGUUUUUGGGGUUUUAAGGCCAUAAAGAGCUGCACUAACAGUAUUCACUAAAUGUGACUUGUACACUAUAUGGGCAAAACUAUGUAGACAUCCGUCCUAGUUACUGUGUUCAGGUGUUUCAGUCACACCCAUUGCUAACAGGUGUAAAAACAAUUACUUCAAAGGCCUGACUGAAACUCUACUGCACACGUUUGGAUUGUAUUGAAAUGUCGAUUGCAAACCAAGCCUUCUUGUCCAAAGUUAGUGCCUGACCUUAGUGCCAUAGACACUGACCAAAAUCUUGUGGAAAGCCUUUCCAAAAGAGUAGAGGCUGUUCCUCUUAAAUAAAGGGGGAUUAGUCAACACGAAUGCUCAUGGUUUUAAGCUCAACAUGCAUUUUUUUUCUGGGCUGCUUCUUUAUUUUUAAGGCUCGCCUCAGCAUAUCAUUCUAAUUCAGAUUUGUCAAGAGGGCACCUCUAAAACUAAUCUAAUUAUUCUAAUGUUAAUGAGUAAUCUAUAUACACAUAAAAAAAAAAAAAUCAAACCCAGAGAUAAAGAGUUGAUGGUAUCUUAAAUCAUCCAUGAACAGUAGUACCACAGUAUUUCAUGCUCUUAGUCUGAUAAUAAGGAAAGCACUAACGUACUAACUGCAAGUGUUAUUAAUCUGUGGGGUUUAAAUACUCCACCCCCACCCAUCCACCCCACAUUAUUUUUUUUCCUUCUACAUAUCUUUACAUUAUAAUGUAUAAAUACUAAUUUGUUGGUGUGGCUGGUUUUUGGUUUUAUGAUAUUAUGGGAUGUUAAUUUGUACCUAAUAUUAAUGAUCAAUCUGAUUAUUUACAGAAGGAUUUCUGUUGAAUCGUCUGUUUGCUUGGUCUAUGCUUUUUUUUUCUUAGAUAAAUCAACAAAUUAAAAAUCUUUAGACGCACUACAUAAUUAUGCUAAAAGUUGUAUAACUUCUAAAAAAUAUACACGAAAAACCAAAACAGAUCAUUGUCGUUAAUAUCAGUUAACUAGGUGAAAACAGUGCAGAUGUAUAAUUACAUUCAAUCUCUUAACUUUUUACAGUUUACAUAAGUUUAGAGAUGUAUGUUUAGAGAUGCAUGUCAUAGCAGUUAUGGGAUUUCAGUAAUUUCUGUAAUGGUUCUUUUUUUCUGUAACUACAUUGGAGCACAUACUCUUUUGUCAAAAGGAAAACAGUUAUUAGUCAAGUGACCUUUAAAUCGCUGGCCACUCAAAGGCUUUUAUUGUAAUUAUCAUGACACUAAAAUAUCAUAAUAAAUAAUAACAUAUGGUUAACCCUUAAAUGUCUGGUUUUGUAAAGAAAACCAGCUGAUUUCUUUAUUUUGCCUUUUCACAGAAAGACAGAAGCUUCACAACAGAUAAAUUUAUAAAGAUACAAAUUUUUAUUAAUAAAAACAUCAAAU